GCUCUCUGAAAAGAGGGUUGGCCACCCAGCACAGCACAACACGGAACAUGAGUCAGGUAACAGUAACAGAACGUUGCUUCUGAGCUCCCGUGAAUUUUGGACACGCACCGACUCAGUUUGGGAGGCAGGGAGUGACAAACCUAUUUCUCUGAAAGGGAUUUUGCUGUACUCCCAUGUCUAUUUUAAAAACCUUAUAGACGUUUUAAGUUUCACGUUUUCGUGUGUCUGCUGCACUGAUGUGACGAGUUUGGCGUUUCACAAGCGGAUAAAACGCUCAGGUGUUUGUUUUCCAUAGGUGGAUUUUCUGCCUUUUUAAAAAACCAUUCCUAAGUAGAGCAACGACCGGAGGCUUUCCCCUGCGGUAUAUUUCUUUAUUGCAAAACUCUUGUUAAAACACGUCAGUGUUUUUCUUGCUUUCGUUUUUAAAUAUUUAAUUUCUAACCACCGACAACGCCGAGUGGCCACGUUGGAACAAACAGAUUGAAGAUGGACGAGGCAGAGAAGUACCAACAGAGACUGCAGGCGAUCACUGAGAAGCGUCGUCUGCAGGAGGAACAGGAGAGGGCAAAGAGGGAGAUGGAGGAGGAGAGGCUGAGGCUACAGCAGCUCAAGAGGAAGUCUCUUAGAGACCAGUGGCUGAUGGACGGCCCCUCUUCCCCCACAUCCUCAGAGCCUCGUUCCCCGCUGUGGGGCUCCCAGGCCCAGGAGAUGGAGCAAUGCAUAGACAAGUUGCAGACAGAGAGUCAACGGUUAGCGGAGGAGGAGGAGAAACUGGAGCAGCAGAUGGAAGAUGGCCGAGCUAAUGCAGCGGUGGUGGUGGAGGCUACAGCAGAAGCAGACCAAGCAGUUAUCUUGGAGAAUGGACAGGAAGAAGUAGAGGCUGAAUCCGUUUUAGGAACAGUUGAGGCAGCACUAUUGGAACGAGCGGAGAUCCUCACCAAUGGGAGAGGAGAGGGGGAGGGGCAAGCUGCAACCCACAAUGCAUCAGAGGAGGGCGUACUGCACAACAGCACCAACGGUCCAGUGACGGUCGUCCCUGAAGAUGGUGCCAUUACCAUGACGUUCCUGGGGUUCACGGAGGCGGAGCCAGGCGAGGCUCCGGUAAUCGAGGAAGGAGGACUGAUCAUGAUGCGAGCGGAGCGAGUGAUUGUCAAUGACGAGGGAGACGAGCUGGCAAAUGAUCUUUCCUCUAUGGGUCAGGAACAGGAAGUAGACUCGGCCGCGUCCAAUCAGAGGUCAGAAUCUCCUGAGGAAGGAGGAAUUGAUGAGGCGAAACCAGAGACAACUCCUGAAGAGUCCUCAGAAGUAGCAAAAGAGACUGAGACAGAGGCAGACACAGUAUCCGGAGGUUUAGGAGAAGGACAGAUGGACACUGUAACUAGAGAUUUAGGAGAAGGACAGAUGGACACAGUAACCGGAGAUUUUGGAGAAGGACAGAUGGACACAGUAAUAGAAGAUUUAGGAGAAAGACAGAUGGAGGGUGUGGGAAACAGUGGUGGAGAGGAAGAGGCACAGCCAGUAGAGGAAGCUCCUGUGUCUGACUUGCAGGCCCCAGAUGGCGUUGUGGCUGCCAUUCCCGUCUACUCUGAGACCUUACUCACCCCCAGGCCCGACGCAGAGGGAGAGGCUGCAGGCGAGCCGGCAGAGGGCGAUGUGGAAGUGAAGACUGAAGUGGAAGUCAAGGGGGAAGAGGAGGCUUCGGUGGCCCCAGAAUCAGCCAUCCUCCCUGGGGGCCAGUUCCUGGAGGUGUCCCUAGUGGAGCCCCGGACUGAGCCAGAGCAGGAGCCCCUGCUGUUCCCAUCCAAGGCCCAGACCCUGGCCUUGGGGGAGCAGGCUCCAGCCGCCCCAGAGACACUGACCGCUACCAGGGGAGAGGCGGAGGGAGGGGUCGAUGUGGCUCCCAAACGCAAGACCUGCCAGUGCUGCUCUGUCAUGUGAUCAAUCAUUUCUUUCGCUCUCUAUCUCUCUACCAAAUUCUCCAAUGCUUUCUCUGUGUAAUACUACAAGAGGGACUUGAGUCUGCCUCUAACACUGUGAAUGAUGGGGGGGGUGGUAAGAUGGUGUUAUUACUGAAGUGCCUUGUGGAUCUCCUUCCCUAAGGGUAUAGCUCAGUUACCCAUCCAGAGGAACCUGGGUUUUGUUCAGUAGGGCGAAGUGCUUUGAAAUGAAAAUUCAAAACCAGUGUUUUUCUUAUUGGACCAGGUCCAGGUAGGCCCUCCCUGUUCGAGUCAGUUUUUUUUCUUUUGAUGAACACAACCCUGAUGAACACAACCCUGAUGAACACAACCCUGUCAGCCUUGGCUGUGUUACUGUUGUCUGGUAAUGAGAAUGAAAGACCAGUCUUGAUCUAUUAUGCUGUAUCUGUGUAUCCACCCUACUAGUCACACAGAAUCUGCUUUAAACUGACCUGUGCAGGCUGUGAUAAGAGUUCUGUUUGGGGGGGGGGGCUUAUGUGUGUUUUUAGUGAGUUAUUUUACAAGGGAAAUGCUUAUCGAAGGCCCUUAUCUUAUUUUGUCCAGUAGGUAUGUACAGUAGGUAUGUACAGUAGGUAUGUGUCAGAAAGGCCUGAGGGUUGAAUCAUGACCAGUACAGUAGGUAUGUGUCAGAAAGGCCUGAGGGUUGAAUCAUGACCAGUACAGUAGGUAUGUGUCAAAGGCCUGAGGGUUGAAUCAUGACCAGUACAGUAGGUAUGUGUCAAAAAGGCCUGUGGGUUGAAUCAUGACCAGUACAGUAGGUAUGUGUCAGAAAGGCCUGAGGGUUGAAUCAUGACCAGUACAGUAGGUAUGUGUCAAAGGCCUGAGGGUUGAAUCAUGACCAGUACAGUAGGUAUGUGUCAAAAAGGCCUGUGGGUUGAAUCAUGACCAGUACAGUAGGUAUGUGUCAAAAAAGCUUGUGGGUUGAAUCAUGACCACUACAGUAGGUAUGUGUCAGAAAGGCCUGUGGGUUGAAUCAUGACCAGUACAGUAGGUAUGUGUCAGAAAGGCCUGUGGGUUGAAUCAUGACCAGUACAGUAGGUAUGUGUCAGAAAUGAAACCCUAGUCCUAACAAAGUGCUCUACUGUUGACCAGGGUCUAUGGUCUCUGGUUGAAAGUAGGUCACUGAGUGUACAAAAUAUUAGGAACACCUGCUCUUUCCAUGACAGACUGACCAGGUGAAAGCUAUGAUCCCUUAUUGAUGUCACUUGUUAAAUCCACUUGCACAUGGAUUGUGCAUGUGUGCCAUUGAGGGUCAAUGGGCAAUCAACAUAUUGAAAUGCCUUUGAACAGGGUUUGGUAACAGGUGUCAGGCGCACCGGUUUCAGUGUCAAGAUCUGCAACAGCUUUCUGUGUGGAUUAAGAAAGGACCACCACUCAAAGGACAUCCAACCAACUUGACACAACUGUGGGAAGCAUUGGAGUCAACAUUUCUGAAUCUUAUUUUGGUCCAUUAUCAAUUGUUGAAGGGAAAGUAUGUUUUUAUAUCUAAAUUCUAUGCAUUUUAUUUUCUCGGUGUAUUUUCCAUUGAAUACAAACAGUGCUCUGACAUGUAUAUAGCCACCAUGAAAUCACGUGGGAGUGGGGGUUUAUGUAUAUCUUUCUUUCAACAGGAUACUUUUGAACUAUUCAAUAAUGGUUUAGUGAUUAAACUGACACUUGUGAAAUAUUA